UAUUGUCGAAUGCAUUGAUUCCAAUAACAACACAAAAUUAUCUCAUAAAAUUAUGACCUCUUUUCUGCGAUAUUCGGCGUAAAAAGUAUCUUGCGGUGAUCGCGAAGGUGCCGAGGACAUUUUUGUGAUGGAAAAAUUGGCGAAAGUGGCGGAAAAAUGAGGAUUUUAUGCUAUUUCUCCGAGAAGUCCAUUGAAACUGCAUGAAAAUCUGCUAGAAAAUGAAAAUGGCUGACAAUCCGCUUUUUUCGUGUGGACAAUUGAAUGCGAAUAUUUUGGGUGUUGUUGCACAAGUGCUUGCAAGGAACUGAUAACGGAGUGCACAGAGCCGAUGGGAAUAUUUAUUGACUUAGCAAUUGUAAAUUAGAUUUUAACUAUUUUGCUGCCUGCAAGAUGUCUGAUAGUGAUAGUGAUUUCAAUUAUCCGGGAACAGCACGAGGAGUGAGAAAAAGUAGGAUUCUACGGCGAAGGAGGAGGGUAUGUGAGUCCGGAGAAUCCACAAUACAACUCCGUUCCCGGAGAAUUAUUGAGACACCUGGUGAGGAGGAUUCCGAUGAGUCCCAAAUAUCCACCAACAACAUUGAGAAUUCCGAAAGUGAGAGUGAACAAGAAAUCCCCAUUGUUCGGAGAAUAAGGAAGCCAAGCUUAUUUGAGGAGAGUUCCGUGGACAGCUCGUCGGGAGGUGAAAAGUGUCCAAUUUGUUUUUCAACGCUAAAAGAGCAGGAGGUUGGAAUACCCAACACCUGUACACACAUGUACUGCGCCAAGUGCAUUGAGGAGUGGUCCAGAGAUGGUAAAACAUGCCCAAUUGAUCGUCAAGCCUUCUCCCGGCUGACAAUUCUUGAGAACAUUCGUUCCUUCAAGGUGGUACGGGAGGUUGCAAUGCCCGAAAAUCCCGAAGUGAUCAGUGAACAGAGGAUUCAGGCAUCCUCCGUACCUCUUCUCCCCGACGGUGGGGUGUCUGACGAUGAGAUUCCACUUGCCUAUAGACUUCUCAAUGGAAGAGAAAAUUCCACGGUGAAUAUCGAUGAGGAUUCCAAUCAUAGCACAUCAAGUGGGGAGAAAUGCCCAAUUUGUUUUGCAAACUUCAAUGAUCAAGAGAUUGGAAUUCCCGAUUCGUGUGGUCACAAAUACUGCGGGAGAUGCAUUGAAGAGUGGUCUAGAACCGUAAGAACCUGUCCAAUUGAUCGUCAAACCUUCACACGAAUAACCAUCGUUGAAAAUAGCAGGUCCCACAAUAAAAUUCGGGAGAUUUGUGUCUCUGAAAAUCCCGAAGUGAUUGCUGAGAGUGAACUGGAUGAUGAGAUUGCUGACAAUGAUGUGACGUAUUGCAUGGAAUGCAACAAUUCCAAUCAUGAAGAAUCAAUGCUUCUCUGCGAUAGCUGCAAUCGUGGAUACCACAUGCAUUGCUUGGAUCCACCACUUGAGGAAGUUCCCGAUGGGAAUUGGUUCUGUGAGACGUGCAUUAGUUGCACGGGCAUUGAGAUGCUCUUCCAAACACGACGUCCUGCUCAAAAUCGUGUCCGACGCACACGUUCGAGACGCUCAAGGCGUACAAGAUCACGACGAACAUGCAGAAUUCCACUGAGAUCUCUCGUCUCUGGCACGCACAGGGGCACGGGAACGACUUCAAAUCCCGAGACGGAAUCUGUCUGGGAGGAGACACCCAGUCUGUGGGAGAGACAUCGCGCCACUGUGCCGAGACUCGCACUGUUUGGCUUGCGGAAUGAACUUAAUUAUUUCGUGAGUGACGAUGAGAGUGGCGAUGAGCGUGUUGCUGUGCGAAGUAGUGGAUCUGUGGGUGUCUUAGUUGCACCAAAUCGUUCACGGACAUCCACAGUGUCAUCUCUGCAGAGUCGCAAGAGGAUCCUGAAUAACAUUGUAACUCCACGGGAGACAACUUCCGUUGAUUUACUCUCCGAUAUCCUCAGUGAGCAGGAGACGUGGCACACUAUAAGUCGCAGGAAUAACAUUAAAAAUGUGCGCAUCAGCACUGAUGGGAGCUUUGACUUUAGUGAGGUGGUCCCACCUAAGAGUGAUAAACCCACUGAGGCAGCAAAGAAGGAUCCACCACCAGAAAUUCAAGCUCCAAUGUAUAAUCGUGGAGGGAGAAAUUCCGGAGGGUAUUUCAAUAAUCGCCAGGGUGGCAAUCGCGGCGGCGGCGGUGGUGGCGGCAAUUUCCGCAAUAACUCCAACUACGGUGGGAACUACCAAGGCAACUACCAAAACUCCAACUUUAAUCAAUUCAACCGAGGAAACUCCAAUUUUGGCAAUUUCCAAAAUUCAGGACGUGGAAGUGGGAGGGAAAGUUUCUCAAAUACCUUCCAAUCAUUUCAAUUUCGCAACAACAACAACAAUAAUAAUAACAACAACAACCAAAAUCCCCGUGGACGUCAGCAAUAUGGACAAAGGUUGCGUGGGCAGCCUUUCAUGCCGAAUAGAUUCAACCAAAGGAAUCAGAAUACAAGAGACAAUUUUGAUGACUUUAGCAAUAAUGUAAUGUGCUCGAAUAGGCCUAUGAGUGAAAGUGACAUGAACUACUCAGAAAUGGGUAAUGUGGAUGAAAGUGACGAUCGUAGUCAUGUACUUAAUUUGGAGAUAACAGUGCCAGGGCAGGCGAGCAAUUCUCUCAGCGAUGGGAAUACCGAAGAAGACGCAGCCUCGGCUAUUGAAACAAUUCAAACCUCAAAUGCAAUGAGAGAUAUAAAUACAAACUAUCAGGACUAUGAUGAUGAAUGCGAUGAUAACAAUGACAAUGAUGAUGGGGAACAGCAGUACAAUGAGCAGGAUGACUACACGAGUGGUAGUCAAAAUGAGAAUCGUUCGCAUGAUUUUAGAUAUCCGAAUGUGACACCAAUUCUCCCAGCACCAUCAGCACCUUCACACUUUAGCGGUAGAGACGAUGAAGAGGAUGACUGCCCGAAUUUUAGCGUUUACUCCGCAGAAGCAAUGAAAUUAGCCAAUAGCUUCAAUGAAGAACCCCAAGAUGAGACAGAAGUCCAGCAUGGAGAGAAUCAGGGAUAUGAAGAGAAUGAAGAGGAUUUAGUGCAGCUCGAUGAUGACGAAGAAAAUGCCGAUGCGACGGGUAGAAAUGAAGCGAAACCUCCUCAGGAAGAGAAUUCUCCAUAUUUGAAAGAAAUUUCACCAGAAAUGAGUAAUGAAGGGAAUUUGGGAUCUUCGGAACAAAAAGAUUCAGAUCCACAGGAGUCAGAGAAUAUUUGUGACUUGCAGAAUAUUCCAAUUCCAGCCCCACCUUUAGAAAGUAUUCCAAUUCCAGGAGAGCAGCAACUGGCUACAGGGCAAGAUGCUCAAAAGGGUCCUGCGCGACGAGAGAAGAAAGGUGUUCUCGAAUUGUACGAUGACAGUGAUUGGGAAGAGUUGAAUCUGAUUAAAACCGAUGAAGAUAGGCCCGUUAUUGCUGAAACUUCAGCAAUUCCUCCUGCUAUUACUCAAGGGGAAGGGAAACCCGCUGAAGAGAAGGAAAAUAACACGGAAAAUGAUCCACGGAGCUACACACCGUGCCUUGAUGAGAACAACCAAGUGGCAGAGGCACACAAAGAGGACGAUGAUGGUGAUACAAUUGAUAUUAGUGCUAAUCCAAUGGAUGCCGGUGGAAUAGGUGGAAUGGAUACGGAAUUGAUAUCCGAUGAAGAUGGCGUUCUAAAUAAUGGAAAUGCACCUGUUGAACCUAUCCCAGAUACAGAGAAGCAGGACGCACAGCCAGAGAGUAAGAAGGAUGUAGAAGAAAAGAAGAGUGGGGGGAAAUCUAGAGGUAAAAAAUCGAAAGAGUUUAAAAAAUUAAGUAGAAACAAUCGCGAUAGGAAUUAUCGUGAUAGAGAGCGAGGACGAGAGCGAAGUCGAUCACGUUCGUUCUCUAAUGACAAAGAGAAUGAUCGGCGUGAUAGUUAUUCAAAGAGGAAGGAAAAGCGAAAAGAUCUAGCACGGUAUGACGUUCGCAAUGUCGUUGAAGAUCGUUGGCAACGCAGGGGGAGGAAAGAUCAAUACGGGCGGGAUACAUCGAGACACAGAAGUUUAUCAUCAUCUCCCAAACGCUAUUCACACUCGAGAUCACCAUCACGAAGGCGAUCAAUGUCCUUCUCAUCACGAUCUCCACGACGAUCUCUAUCGAGAGGACGGCAACCGUAUAGAUCACGACGAUCAAUUUCACGAAAUCGACGCAAUCGACGCUCUAAUUCGAGACGUCGCUCACCAUCUCGUAGGAGAUCACCACUGAGGAGACGCUCAUUUUCACGAAGGAGAUCCCUAUCACGCAGGAGAUCCUUGUCGAGGAGGAGAUCUUUCUCACGCAAGCGAUCACUUUCACCAAUUCGUGGAAAACGAGACAGAUCUUAUGGUCGUUCUGUUAGCCCCGCUAGAAGAUACUCACGAUCACGUUCGCUUGAUAAUACAAGACCCAUUCGGGGAAGUAGAUCGAGGUCACGAACAAAAUCUCCCAUAGUCUCAGACACAUUUCAUCAGAGACGAUCGAGAUCCCCACGAUUGUCCCCGAGGCGAAUGGAUCAUACACCAAGUAGGGAACGUGUUAAGCAACCUAAGCGUAAAAAGACAUCCAAGGAUGGACGAAAUAGAUCGAAGAAAUCCAAGAAGAAGCAUUCAUCGACGGAAAAGCAUGCAACACCUGAGCUUAGGGGUUCAUUGCAUAAGAGAAAGGGAGGUGGAGGUACUAUGGAUGAAGCUGUAGUGUCGAAGAAAUCAAAGAAAGGUGGUUCGAGAUCACGAUCAAAAUCAUGGAAUGGGGAAGGAAGUCGUGCUGCUUCGUUCUCAAUGAGUCCCCCACCGGGAGAUAACUACGAAGCUGGUCCCACCUCAUGGACACCACCACUGAGGGAGAAUGAUACAGUUCGUGAGGACUUUGUUGGUCAAUCACCACCCAAGGAAGCACAAACGAAGAGUCGCAAAAAGGACAAGAAGCGUAAGCAGGACAAAAAACAUGGGGAUGGCUAUGAGAGACGCUCAAAGAGGGCUGAAAAGCAACCAGCUUCGAAGGAAGUUUUUGCUUCAGGCAAUAAUAUUCUUGUGAGUGUGAGCUUCAACAAUGAUGAACCUCAACCGCCACAGCAGACAACUAUAGUUACAUUACCACCGACAAAGGAUGGAUUAAUAUCAAAAAGGAAGUCAGAUCGUGGGGAAGGUGGUGGGAAGAAAUCGCGUAAGGAGAAAUCAAAGAGACCCGGGUCAAAGGGUCGCAAGAAGAGGAUUGAUUCGAAACCCGUAGCUAUAAUUGAUCUCGAUCGAUCACCAUUCAAAGAGAUAACUCCCUCACCAAAAGCUGUGAUUGUCCUGAGUGAUAGUGAUGGAGGGGAUAAUGGGGAGAAGAAUAAAGGUGGUGGGACACCGAGAAUGAAUAUGCGCGUCGACAUGAUGGAUGAUGUUGAUUCGAGAAUGGGGAGUGGAAUUGAGAGGCAUGAGCAUAUUUCUCAGCCACGAUCCCCCAAUAUUGAGGUGGAUGGUUCGUCAUUCAAUAUGCAAUCUCUUGGUCCGAAGACUCCGCCUGAACCGGAGCACAUAAAGUUCACGCUAAAGCCGAAGAAUAAGGCAAAGAAUACACGACCAAAUGUUCUUGCCGAAGAAGAUGAGGAGGAGAUUAUGAGUGAACCGGAGGAGAUUGAGCGGAAUAAUAGUAGUGAGAGUGUUAAUAAAAUUGGACCGAAUACUCCACCGGAACCAGCACCAUGUUCCCCAGAUGCCUAUGAUCCGUUUGAACCGACAAAGUCUCCAUCGCAGUCACGAUCCCCAAUCCCUCCAGCUGACACGAGUGAGUCGGUGAAUCAGGAGAAUAGCGACAAAAGUGGUCCACCACAGACGAAUGAAAUUCAAGAUUUGACCGAAGCAACGGCAAAACAUCAAGGCUCAGCGGAAAAAGUAAUGAAUCCCGUGGACUUUGUCAUGGCUCUCAUGAAUUCAACAACACACGCCCAGAUGGCGGCUGAAAGUCACAAUACCUCAACUGAGAGUCAACAGAGUGUAAGGAUAUCGGCAUCACCGCAGGAGAAGCCAGAGGAAGUGUCGAGUAAACCAUCCAGUAGUGGAAUAACUAUAAUUAGCAAUGUCCUCAUUCAACCAUCUAAAUCAACGGCAACCUCAACUCCCGUUACGUCGUCAUCAAUCUCUUCCAAUCUCCUCCUCAUGCCACCGAUUCAGUCUCAAACGGGUGAGAAGAGUCCGGCUAAACUCUCAUUAAUCACUUCAAGUGCUGGCAUAAAGCCAUCACCAAUGAAGACGUCCACAGUCUUCUCCAAGGCAUCCUCAUCCAGUCUGAUCUCAAAGCUUCCAUUGCCGAAAGUUGGGAAUGCCAAUCAGUCUGGCUCAAGGCACAAUGGUGAUCAGGAUGUCAUGGAAAUGGAUUCUCCCUAUUCACCGGCUUCGAGUGACUUUGAUGGGCUUUUCGAUCCACCAUCUGAACAGUCGUCGAGUCGGCAGAAUUUAUCACGAAGUGCAAAUAGCUCAAUGAACACCAAUCAAUCCAUGCAAAAGCCAACACCCACGAAGGGUGCCACUAAAUCUGGCGGAGGUGGUGGUGGUGCAACAGAUAUUUUUGAUUCACUCUUUGGCGCCACAUCGCCAAGUGGUGGCAAUACCAGCACCACACGUAGUACUCAACAGAAGACAAAAACCACAAAGACCAUGGCGCGAAGUCAAGCCAAGAGAUCUGCUAUCAAAGGAAGUAAAGCUUCAACACCAAUUGGGCUGGAUGAAGCAUCAAUGCGGAUUGUGGAUGAAGUUCCUGGUUCAGCUGUGGAGUUACAUGUAAAGGAUAAGUUCUUGAGAAAACUAAAUCGCCAGGAACGCGUUGUGGAGGAAGUAAAAUUGGUGCUGAAGCCUCAUUACAACAAGAAACACAUUACCAAAGAUGAGUACAAGGAUAUAUUGCGUAAAGCUGUUCCGAAGAUUUGUCACAGUCGUACGGGUGAGAUAAAUCCUCAGAAAAUUCAAACUCUCAUCGAGGCAUAUGUGAGGAAAUUCCGCAUCAAGAGAAAAAUGUCCGGAGGUCAAUCUGGUGCUUCCGGUGGAGCUAAAAACGUUAAAUCUUUGUGGGCGUAAAUUGCAACAAAAAAAUCUGCAUAAUAAUUAUAAAUAUAUUUAAAAAAAGUAGUGAAAAGAAAAAUGUUUUAACAAAAAAAAAUAUCACACAUUAUUGAAAAACAAAAAUUAUUCGGUUCUGUAUUUUUUCAUGCAGUGUAUUUAAGUUUAAUGAUUAAAAAAAAAAGUACACGAGAUAAAUAUUCUUAAAGCAUAUUUCAUAUUAGAAGGAUUUUAUUGCUAAUUUAUAAUAUUUUGGCCAAUUAGUCUAUAAAAUAAUAUUUAGUGUUGUAUUCCCAUUUAAAUGUAAAAACAAAUAAACAAAAAUUGCAUUGA